GGAACUCGCGCAACCGUGCGCCCCGUGCCAUUAUGUUUUGAAAUAACCGAGCAGUAUGGACCGGUUCGCUUUUGUCGGCGUUUUAGAUCGGUGCGCGCGUAACAGGCCGAGAACGGACGAUUCUUACGAUUUUCGCUUUUCCGACGGUACGCCGACGGACACACGUGUAACCCGCCGGUAGAAACUCUUCCGAUGUAUAAUUUUGCGCGACACCGCCGUGCCGUUUUUGUACACGUUGUGCCGCUCGUCAGACGAAAACACCGUUAAGACAAUAGUAUUAUGUCAUCGACGAACAAUGACUCAGAAGACGACGAUCCGAGGGUGCAUUCGUCGGGGAUGUCAUCCCCCGGCCAGCCCAGACGUUACGAGCUUUCGAAAUCUGAGUUGCGAAAGAACAAUAAACCAAUUAUGGAGAAAAAAAGGAGAGCCAGAAUCAAUCAAUGUUUGAACGAACUGAAAACACUUAUAUUGGAUGCACUGAAAAAAGAUCCGGCAAGACACACAAAGUUGGAAAAAGCGGACAUCCUAGAAAUGACCGUGCGGCACCUGCAGUCGUUGCACCGGAAUGGCAACGCCAGCCGACCACUGGCCCCGACCGCCUGUCCGACGGCCGAACCGUUAUCGCCUUCGUCGUCAACCGCAGCCUUAACAGCGGUGGUCGUUCAAAAGUUCCAGACGGGUUAUCAGGAGUGCGCCGGCGAGGUGAACCGAUUCGUCGACCGGUUGGACGGGGUAGACGAAGACAUCAAGAAGAGGCUGAUGUCGCACCUGGACUCGUGCGUGGCCAAAAUGAGGUACGUCGCCGCGGCCGCGGGCACGGUGCCGCCACCGCCGCCCCCGCCGCGUCCACACGUGGACAAUAGUUACUCGUUGCACCGUCGGCUCGACCAAGCGGCGGCGUCAGCAUUGGCCGCGGCCGCGUCGGUCCCGAUGCCAAGCAGUCGACCGGUCCUGCAGCAGUCGCUGCUGGGAGACUUGUCGCUCCCUAUCGUCCCACCGACCGUCCCACCGCCGUCCAUCCCGAAAGCCGGCCGUCUGCGGACGAGCGCGUUCACGGCCGUACAUGGCCAGCUCCCGCCACAGGACGUUGGUCCGACGCCUUUCGUGUAUUGUGACGAACCGGACGUGUCUUCGACCAGCUCGUGGGCUGAAGACAUGGCUGCCGCAGCCGCAUCCCUGCAGCAUCCACCGCUUGAUUUUUCAAUGAAAAAAACGGUGGCCGGAUGCAGCAACAAGAGGCCCCUGGGCGAUAUACCGGUAAACGUUCCUACGGCCGCCGCGUCGUCCUCGCACAAGCAGUCGACGACGGCGGCGUCAAGCGGCGAUGGCCCUACGCCCGCGCGUGUCCGCAGGCCGGAAGCCGUGGCCGCCGCAGUCAGACCGUGCGAAGGUCCCGAUUCCGACCCGAACAUGUGGAGGCCCUGGUGACGGCCAUCCGCGAUAAGUCCCAGAUACAUUAAACUGCAGCUGGAGUAGGGCUGGCGGUGUUUUCGGUAUACCGGUAAUUACCAGGUAUUGUGUAUAAAUUCGGUAUCCGGUAUAUUUGGUAUUUGACUAUACCGGUAUACUGUAAUUCGGUUGUUACCGUGCCAAGGUGAUUACCAAAAAAAAACGUAUUAAUGUCGGUCCUCGGUCUUCUGUCGUACAAAUCUAUUUUUGGUGAAGUGCAAUUUAAACCAUAUACGGACAUAAAUGGUCUUUAGUCAUCCUUUGUAAGGAUUUAAACUAUAUGGUGAAUCACGACUUCAAAAACAUUACUGAUCUAAAAUGGUUUGUAGAACUAGAAUCUGUUUUAUUAUUGCAACACUCCGCCCUUUCCCACCACAGUGUUAAAAAAAUAUUUUGUGACCUUUUUUUUAGCCAAUAAUUGCUAACAUAAUUUUUAAAACAAGUAUUAAAUAUUCCUAGGACGGAGAGAUUGUUCUAGACUUAGGUACCGUAAAUAUACCACGAUGGCCGAGAUACGUACUUUUGGUAAUUGCCUAUUUACGGUGUUUAAGGUACUAUUUCCGAAAAUACCGUAAACUGGCGUUAAUACCGUCGAUACCGCUAGUAAACAAAUACCGUGUGGUGGAUACCACCAACAUAUUUUAAAUACCACCAGCCCUUGGUUGCGGUGUUGGGUAAUUAGUUACCCUCGUUACAUGCACGAAUGCGACGUCAUUCAUUCAAAAUUACUAUUAUUGUACAACUUGUGCCUCCAACGAAGUUAUAUAUAUUGGUACCUUUAAUGAUACUUGAUGUGACUUUCGCGAAUUAUUCCGAUAUAUUGUGUACGACACAAAACCAGAAAGACGUAUGUGAUAUCUCGUAUUUAAAUUUAAAAAUUGUUCAUUACCCAUAUGAUAUACUGUAGUUCUUUUUUAAACGAAGAAGACAAAAGACACCAUCUUAGCAAUUCCGCUAAUUUGUAUACCUACUUUCUAUAACUAUAGCCUCAGUGGCGGUCAAAUAAUUUUGUCAUGGGGGAGAGAUGAUGCUGAUUUUUUUAACACGCACAUCGGUCGUUAGAAGCAUACAUUAAGGAUGAUAUAGAUCGAUUUAUUAAUUAAAAACAUAAACUAAAAGUUAAUUAAUAAGUAACAAUUAUUGUACAUAAUAUAAAUAUUAGUAAAUACAUUUUUUGUUGUCAAUUCGUCUAAUACGUUAUAUUUACAACCUCACGAUGAAUAGCCAUUAUAGCCGACCCAUCGAGAUGACUCAAGAGAAUAACACAAUAACUACAGAAUUUAUAAAUAUAGGUAUUUAAGUUUUAAAUAUAUUUUUUAUUUCACUAGGUAGGUAUAAAACAAAUGAGUAAAAACCUAAAAAGUUAUAUUUCUUACUUAAUGAUAUCAUAAAAAUUUUAUGUUUGAACUGCGUUAAUUUAAUAAUUAUCUUAUUUGUACAAUAUUAAUAUGUUUUUGUUUUAGUCUAAAACACAUUUUAUAUACGUAUACAGUAAUAUUACCAUUUACCUCCACCAGAGUUAAUUGGUUUUAUAAUCAGAAAAAAAAUAAUUUUGCUGUGAAAAAUUAAUAUUAAUAUUUUUUCAGAUUAUAAUAAAAAAUAACAAUUAUUAUUCACAUUAUUUUCUCUAUAAAAAUAUCAAUAGUAUAAUAUAAAAUUUAUUGUUAUAAAUAUUGAAAAAAAAAAUGUCAUGAGAGAUUUCCACCCUCACUCCCCCCACCCGUUUGACCGCCCCUAAAUUAUACAGUGACCAUUAACUUGGUCAUCUCUCAAGAGUAACUUACCCGACACCGCAAAUAUAAAUAUAUAUAAGCGUAUAUUAUAUUGCGCGAAAAACUGUGUUAUUAAUUUUAGAUCGAUAUAUAUGUUUACGUUUGACGAUUUCGCGGAUUUCGUGUUCGACGCUUGAAUAUAUUAUUAUUACACCCAUAAUAUUGUAUAUACUAUUUAUAUGUUACCAAAGAUUUUUAUAGUUAUAUAUUACGCUCUUCUUAUUUACGACUUUUAACUAAGAGACAUUGUAUUUUAUUAUAUUGUUUUAUGCGCGUUCUUUCUUUCGGCACUUUUUUAAUAAUAUCAUUUUAUAAUUAUUUCUAUGUACCUGUACGCCUUUUCCUUAGAUUAUAUAUUUUUAUAUACAAUUACAUGCUUUUCUUUCCACUUUGAUAAGCUCCGUGUAAAGAUUUGAUUACAAUUUUGUUAAUUUAUUAUAUGUAUUGUCAGACACUGUCUGUCAUGAACCCAAGUUCAAUUUGCCAAACAUUAUAAAUAUUUGAAAUACUAAAAUCAUAUUUUACCUUUGUUCUUUUAUGUUCGUUUUAUUUUUAUACAUGUAUUUAUAUUAUUUGUAAUUAGUUAUAGAUGAGAUGAUUUUUCAAAAACGUAUUUCAUUUAUUUUUCAACUUUUAAAAACAUUAUUUCAGAUAAAGAAAUAAUAGUUUUGGAAUUGUAUUAACUUGUAUUAAGCAAAUAAUAAGUUAACGCAGUGAAUAUUUGUACAAUUUCAAUGCACCAAAAUAAAUGAAAGGAUAAUAAAUGAAAACAA